AUGACCGAUGAUCUUGAUGUUGAAGCUAUGCUAGAGGCUCCUUUUCGUAAAGGCCAGGAAAAUAAUGAGAUCAACGCAAUUAACGGUAAAACUGAAAAACAUCACAAGGAAGAUAGAAAAAGUGAAGAACGACGACGUCACCGAAGUUCUUCACGUACUUCUAGUCAUCGUCAGAGAUCACAAUCUAGGUCUCGUCGUUCACGUAGAUCACGCUCUAGAUCACGAGUACAUAGAAAGCGUCGGAACGACGAAGGAGUCGAACUCGUUCUCGUGAAAGAAGAAGGAGAAGCCGUAGUCCACGUAGAAGAAGUCGCAGUCGAAGAUGAAGAGGAACGUGACAAACGUACAGUUUUUGUUAUGCAACUGGCCGCACGUCUUCGUUCUCGAGAACUUGCUGAUUUUUUUGCAACUGUUGGAAAAGUUCGUGAUGCCAAAAUAAUUGCAGAUAGAAUAUCUCGGAGGUCAAAAGGGGUUGGUUAUGUUGAAUUUUAUGAUGAAGAAUCUGUUCCUAAAGCUUUGGCUUUGACCGGACAAAAACUCUUAGGUAUUCCAGUUAUUGUUCAAUUAACCGAAGCGGAAAAAAAUCGACAGGCAAGAUUGGCGGAACAAGCACUUUAUGUUGGAUCAGUUCACUUUAAUCUGACAGAAGAUGAUUUAAGACAGGUUUUUGAACCAUUUGGACCCUUGGAAUUUGUAAAUCUUCAUAAAGAUCCCGAAACAGGUCGAUCACGAGGUUUUGCUUUCAUACAAUAUAAAAAUCCGGAGGAUGCAAAACAAGCAUUAGAAAAAAUGAAUGGAUUUGAGUUGGCUGGAAGAACCAUCAAAGUGGGUCUUGUUACUGACAAAAGCAACGGCAUGAAUUUAAACCUUGAUGAUGGUGAUGUUGCUGGUUUAGCUCUAAAUGCACAAUCACGAGUAGAAUUAAUGCAAAAGUUAGCGCGAGAUACAGAUUUAAUCGCUCCUGCCGCAACUCCUGUUCAACCAGAACCUCCGCGCCCAGUUCAACCUAGAGUAAAUCCAACUCGUAAUGUCUUGUUAAAGAAUAUGUUCAAUCCUGAAGAGGAAACUGAGUCAAACUGGGCUGAAGAGCUCGAGGAAGAUGUGAAAGGUGAAUGUGUAAAAUACGGACCUGUUGUUCAUAUCUCUGUUGAUAGAGAGUCUGCAGGAGAUAUUUACAUGAAAUUCGACAGCGUGUCGUCCGCUCAGGCUGCAGUGAACGGUCUUAAUGGCCGAUGGUUUGGAGGAAAUCAAAUCUCGGCAGUUUUCAUUCUCGAUAUGUUUUAUAACGAAGGAAAUAACGACUUGCCAUCAUAUGAAGGGGAAGUCUUUGCAUUCUAUGUGCGUCCGGGUCGCACCGUUGAGAAGGCGAUGCAAGAGCAUGUUAAACUUGAAGGGCUGAAAGCUAAAGUUCUCAUAACACCGAGAAAACAUACAUCUAUUUCUUUUACUUUUGCAGAAUUUCAGAUGCCUGACGUUGAAGACAGUAAACUUGAUUCAAAUGGGUCCAGCAAUCAAACAUCUGCUGAUUCACCAAAGUCAGACAUAAACAUCCAGACGCCUGUAGUAGAAUUAGAUAACAAAAAAGAUCCUGAUGACGCGAAAAAUGAGGAAAAGAAAAAAGAGGCAAAGUCUGUAUUACGCUAUACAAAAGUACAGUUACUGGCAUUACGCGAUAGUCCACUUGUAAAAAAACCAGAUGCUUUACCUCCAAUCAGUGUUUGGUUUGGGGAACAAACAAAGAAAGAAAAGAAAGUUGGUGCUGAUGGAGCUGUGGAGACCGACAAGAGUAAAAAUAAUAAUGCGCUUGGAUCAGAAUUAAAUAAACCAAAAGAUGAUUCAUUAGGAAUUCCAAAGAGUCCUUUACUAGGAGUUUCAAAAAGUCCUAAUGGAUCUGCACCUACAUCUCCUAAGCCAUCAGAUAAAAUUGUUCUUGGACCACCAAAAUGGAACUUUGCUUCAUCAUCAGUUGGAGGAUUAAAAGUUGUGGAGGAAAAAACGGCACCAUCAAGGACCGGUAGAUCAGAUGGAAUGCGACAACGUCAAGUAGUAGAAGACCUUUCAUAUAUGCGAACUGGAAAAGACUAUGAACCACGAGCACCACGUGGACCAUCUGGUGGUCGCGGUUUCAUUGGUAGAGAGGCAUUACGAGAACACCGUACUUUGACAGAAAAGACAACGAAAGAAUCAGUUGGACAUACUCACGGAACACAUGGUCGUGGAUUUGGAAACUUGCGGUCUCAUGAUACAAGUAGAAGUAUUCGCCGAGAAGGCAUUGGAGGAAAAGAACAUUCUGGAAGAAAUAUUUCAAGAUAUCAGCAUGUGGAGGAUAGGGAAACUCCUGAAUGGAUGAAUUAUAAUCCGCAGACUGAUGAAGAUACAAAACACUUUGACAACGGUGAAACUAGUGAUAAAACUAUGUUUGACCUUCAAGCCUGGAAGGUACAGAUGAAAGAAAAGGAUAGAGAACAACGAGAACGGAAUGAGAAGGAAAAGACUAAAGAGCGAAAAGAAACAUCAGAAAAAGGUCGAGCGCGGAGUAUUUCGCGAGCCGAUAGUAGUAUAUCAUGGAGGCCAGGAAAUAAAACUGUGCCGACUGAAGAAACUAAUAACGCUUCAAAUAAUAAAGUUAAAGAAAUUGUACAGGAAGGAUCGAAGGAAAAAAAUUCAACGAAUUUCGAUGAUUCUUCACCAUCAUUAAAUUUGGCCGAUGUGGACCAACUAUUUGGCCCUGGCGGAAUGGAGUUGAAUGUAAAGGAACACUCAGGUUCAUCGGCUUUUAAUAAAUUUCUUUUUCAGCACGAACUUGCUAUGACCGAAGACAAUGGACCUAAAACCGGAACUGGAUCGCAUAUAGAGACAACAAUUCCUCGAGAGCAAGGGACAUCUCGCUUUGCCAGAUUUUUCUCUCAUAGUACCGAGGAAAAUAUUCAAGAAAAUGACCAUAUGGAAAGACCAUCCACAUUUCAAGUGUCUCCUCAGAAUCUUCCGGUAUCAAACGAAAUGUUAAAACCUGGUCCGAUUAGUCUUGAUACUCUAUUUCAAAGUCAAGUCGCCACACCAUCUACUACAGCAUCUAUUUCUCCCCGCAUUGCACCAAGUGAAGGAAUACGGAUCCUUCCUGGAAUGCUCACUGAAGAGGAGGUUUUACAAACUUUAGGAGCCAAGCCUCCUUUAAAACCUGAACUAAAGGAACGAAAUUCUGAAGACGAAGCCGCUAUGUUUAAAAUAUAUGCAGCUUUAAAGAAAGGCCCCUCGACUUCGGAUUUACCAAGUCAGCUGUCACAUAAUGUGCCCAUAUCUUCUUCACAUCAGUCUGUACAAUUUCAACAUUCAGCGAUUACAAAUUCAGGAUUACCUUUCAAUGAUCCUUCUAUAAUCAGUGCUCAAAAACCAACCACUAUUAACAAAACUAAUAUACCACCACAAAAGGUUGAUAUGUCUAAUCGACAUCUUGGUAUUUCUGAGUUAGCUCCAAAUGAUCCUGUUAAGAAGGUCAAUAUGCUUUUUGGAGGAAAUGUUCCAACUUCUGUUUAUCGUCAAUUGAGUUCAAGGUCAGAUAAUAGUUCCAGAGAAUCAUCUACUGCUUCUUCACCGGCUUUGAAAUUCAAUCCCAAACCAAAUAUUUCCAACUUUCCACACUCGCCACAAUCUUCGGCAAUUGUUCCUGAUCUUCACGCAUCGGUUUAUAAAACAUCUUCCCCUCGUUCUCCUAUCAUUUCUCAAAGUCAAAACCCUUCACAAUAUCAUAAUAUAGUUCCACCUUAUUCCAAUGGACAAAAUAAUCCUCAACAUUCUCAUCAUCGACAAGAAUUUCCUCUUCCUGUCGGUCGCAACAUACCCGUGGAUCAAUUGUUUAAUAUGAUACCACAACCUCCACGUAAUAUUCCUCAACAAAUUCACCCCCAAUUCCAACAGCCUCCAUUGACAUCUUCCAUGCCCCCUCAAAUACCAUUUGGUUAUCAACAUGAUCGUUAUCCACAGCAACUUCAAUUUUCUGGACCUCCGCCAAUACCACCACAACAUAUUUCUGUACAUCAUCAUCCUGGAUUGUUACCUCCUGGUACGGAGGCUCUUUUCGCAAAUAUGCAUGGAUAUGCACAAUUUAUUCCAAAUCUUGUAAACAAUGCAAUUGCACCACAUACCAUACCCGGUAUUCCAAAUAACACGAAUAUGCAGCAACGUGGGAUGAUGACUUUGGAGGAAAUUGAAAGGAGAGGAGGUCUUGGUGGCCGUUAG